UGGAUCCAGCCACCGUUGUAGCUAAAAUCACUGUGCUGUAGCUGUUCUCUCUCUCCCAAUUGAAGAAGGAAUAUGGCAACCAUCUUUGCUUGCACCCCUACCUCAACCAUCACCCCUGCAGCUCUUGCUCACAAACUAUCACCAAGGGUUGCAUCCCCAGUUGCCAUUGGGUUGCCAAAAAUGGAAAAGAGGGGGAAAGUGAUGUGUUCCAUGGAGAAGAAGCCUUCUGCUGAGGAGACUGGGUCAAACAUGGGCAUAGGUGCAUCAUUGGUGGCAGCAGUCUUUGCAGCUACCAUGUCAAGCCCAGCCAUGGCUCUGGUGGACGAGAGAAUGACCACUGAAGGAACCGGACUUCCCUUUGGUUUGAGCAACAACCUUCUUGGCUGGGCCCUGUUUGGUAUAUUCGGCCUGAUUUGGGCACUUUACUUUGUUUACACUUCCUCCCUUGAAGAGGAUGAGGAGUCUGGAUUGUCGCUCUAAGCCAAACCUUAUUUC